UGAGUAUGAGGGCACUUCCAGAUCGUCCAUGACGGUGGUCGGCAAGCUAGCAGCUGUUUUUGAUUAUCAACAAGUCUUUAAUCUGUCAUCCCCUGACACUGAGAAGACAAGGACUCAUCUAAAGAGAAGACUGAAUUGAUUGGUUUAUUUGACACUAGACGAAUCAGAGGACGCAUACUGGGGUGAAACAACAGAGGUGAGCAUCUAUAAAAGACAUUCAUCUUUCUGUGCUCAAACCCCGAGAGCUAGAAACCACCACAGCGAGUCAUCCAUCAAUUCCAGCUUUAUCUUUGAAGGAAACGGCUUACGUUUCGUCAACUGGCAUAAUAAAGAGUCGAUUUUCUCCAUCGGUCUGUGGAAGGUACUGAGGACGAGAGGACAAGAAGCAAUCUGUCUGCAAACAGCCUCGUGUCCGCAUACUCGAUCCUGUCAGGAAGAUACAAGAGGAAGAAAAAGAGCUGCAGCUCAAUCACCUUGUUCCCACUGAGCUGUCGAGAUACCUCCUUCAGCAUCCCUACCAAUAAGGCAGCAUCGACGGUCUUGACUGUAUUCCAGAUCGUUCAACACUACAGUCACUGAACGUAUGAACAGAACCAUACAUCACAGUGAAGCGGCUGAAGUUUGAAGGCCUCUGAUGCUCGGCGGCUCUCAGUCGGCCAAGUAGUUCUGGUAACUAAUACACUCUAAAAGCAGAAGAGACAGGAAGUGUUCUCAGGUGAAGGGGCAGAGCGAAUCUGUCAAGAUUCAUCACUAAAUAGCCAACUGUUUACCCACCAUUUGACAGAGAGACAAACACACACCUGUCGGAUCUUUAACAGACAACUGCUGGGCCACAACUAUUAAAGGCUCUUCUGACUAAUCAUGGCUGACUGGAGUCUGCUGGGGAACUUUCUAGAAGAAGUCCAGGAACAUUCCACCUCUGUGGGAAAGGUGUGGCUCACCAUUCUCUUCAUCUUUCGGAUCCUGGUCCUGGGCACGGCCGCCGAGUCCUCGUGGGGCGACGAGCAGGAAGACUUCACCUGCGACACGGAGCAGCCCGGUUGCGAGAACGUUUGUUACGACCGAGCCUUCCCCAUAGCGCAUAUCCGCUUCUGGGUGCUCCAGAUUGUAUUCGUAUCCACACCUUCGCUCAUCUACAUGGGACACGCGAUGCACAGUGUCCGCAGAGAGGAAAAGAGGAGGAAAGAGCAGGAAGAAGAAGAAGAAGAUGGAGAGAAGUACCCAGAGAAAGAUAAGAACUGUGGGAAGGAAGACGAAGGUGGAGGUGGGAAGGUGAGAUUGAAGGGGGCUUUGCUACAAACCUACGUACUAAGCAUCCUCAUCCGCUCUGUAAUGGAAGUGAUAUUCAUCAUGGUCCAGUACAUGAUCUACGGAAUCUUCCUUAACGCGCUCUACGUGUGUAAGAGCCCUCCGUGUCCGCAUCCCGUCAACUGCUACAUCUCCAGACCUACAGAGAAGAACGUGUUUAUUGUGUUUAUGUUGGCGGUAGCAGCUGUCUCGCUGCUGCUCAGUAUCGUAGAACUCUAUCAUUUGGCGUGGAAGCAGGUUAAGGGUUGUUUGCGACGAUAUAAAGCUUCCAAACAGCGAACGAAUACAACUUCCACCGUCGCUGCAGUCUCACCAAACCCGUCCACACCAAACAGAGCCUGCACUCCACCACCUGACUUCAACCAAUGCCUGACAUCCCCACCGUCUUCCCCUACCAUACAUACACGCGCGCACUCGCUCUUACACCCGACCUGCCCGCCUUUUCACGACCGACUGGAGCACCAGCAAAACUCGGCCAACAUGGUCACCGAACGCCAUCGAAGUCAAGACUACCUAGGGGUCAACUUCUUGAGCUUCUCACACACACCUACAGAGACGCCCAACUCGUGCGCCUCGCCUUCGUUUCUGAGCAGCGAUUUUGUUGAGGACAAGCGAAGGUUUAGCAAGAGCAGCGGGACCAGCAGCCGCAUGAGACCGGAUGACCUUGCAGUGUAGCGCUGGCCAAUCGCAUCUGGAAAAGCGUGAUGAAGCUGCGACCUGAUUUUGCACUCGACCCACUGCAUUUACUUUAUUGCUGUCUGAUUGUCUGAGCCAGAAUAUCGGUUCACACAUUUGCACAACUGCAUGAAGAUAACCAUAUAUCUUUAAUGUGCCUCUAUUAUUGCACAUGAAAGGUUCAUAUUUUGGUUUUGAGAUUUUCUGGACAGGUUGACAUGCGUCCGAAGUAAAACAAAAACACUUUAAUUUUCUUCUAAUAUGCGUUUAGUUUUACCUUAUUUGCGAGUGAAGUGCUGCUUCGUGUACAGAGUUACCCGGGGAAACCGAUAUAUUAAAUGAGCCAAAAGCAGCACCUAGUGGCAAAGAACGAAUUUAGAAAAUACCAAGAAGUGGACAGGCAAUAUGCAGUGGUUUCAAGGGCAUACUAAUACAAUAAGGGCACUUAAAGAAAUGUAUAUUAAAAAAAACAACACAAAAUCAAGACUAUACAUGCAUUAUAAUAUUUCAUGAAAAUGGUGAAACUUGCUCGACCUCUGAAACAUUGUCACUUUGCCUUUAGACUAAUGCAUUUGAAACAAUCAAGCCAACUUUUUACUUUGAAAUACACCAUAUUACACUACUGUUUUACUGUAAUAAUGCACUGAUGAGAUGUUCUUCAAUAAAUUUUUUUCCUUAUUGGUAAAUGAGAUUUUAUGUUAUAUUUGCUGAACCUGGCUGAGAAGAAAAUGAACACGUUUCUGUGUCAAAUGCAUUUCUCAAAUGGAAAACGGACAUUGAGCUAACCAUUUGAACUGGACAUUUUGCAUUUUGAACACUUACUGUGACUUCGCAACCGAUUUUGAUUGCGCAAGAAAGGACAAUGGAUAGACACGGAUGCAAUGGCAUGCAAAAACUGAGUAAUUUAAACUGAUAAUCUGGGGUGAAGAGCUCUUAAGCGGAGCACAGUUGUGUACAGAAAAUAUGAAAAGAAAAAAAGGAAUGUAAUACAAUGUUGUUGUUUUAACCUUUGCAGUCAUUUGUAAUUCUAUUUGUAAAAAUGUAUGUACUUGUUAUUAAUUUUAAGUAUCAGAGUUUUUGUUAUUAAUGCAUCAUUUAGUAAAGAUAAAAAAAAAAAAUGCCAGCAUACAUCUAUAUACACACAAAUACAUACUGAAAUUUCAAAUCAUGUCACAGCUACCACAAGGUGGCGCAAUCACUCUCCAUUACAAUACAUAGCUAGCCAGUAGUCUAACACAUGGACUCUUCAGAAUGCUCUGGGCAGGUGUUGUUAUCCUGACACUGAAGUGCUUUACAUUUCAUGUUGGUGGAUAAAAAAGCGAACUAGUCUCCUUGCAGCAGCUGCUAAAUCUCAGCUAACCUCGGCUAAAAUUAGCCCUGCAACGGAACGCAUUCUCCACCAUCGGUUCAAGAGCAACAUGUGCUGGAUCAUUAUUGCACCACAGCAAGAUUUUGAAAGGAUUUGCUGAGGUUCAAACCGGACUGGCUACUAAUCUCUCAAGCGAGAACACACACCGAGAUAUGCCGUUUUUAAAAAGUUAUACAGAAGGCUAUAUAGAAUCUGUAAACAAAUUUGAAACAUUUCAAAUCAAAUAAGAUUUUCCAUUUACAAAAAAAGAGAAAGUUCAAAAUGCUAAUUCGACAUAAAUCCAAAGCAAGCACAUAUUUGUGAUUUACCUGAUGAUUUUAUCCAAAGCCACUUGCAAUACAGGCACAAAGCAUUGCUCAAUAAAACCCAGAAGUAAUCAGCUUGUGGAAUUUAAAUCAAAACAACAUUCUAGUAUCAAAUAAUAAUUUAAAAACUUGCUACACCACCCCUAAACCGGAGUAAAUGUUUCACAAUUUUCGAAUAAGAAUAAUAACAUAUCCCAUGUCUUGCAACUGGUAGCCCAAAAGAAUUUUUGUUUUAGAAAAACUAUCCUGCCACAAGGGGGCAGAGGAAGACCAUGAGAUACACACAAAGGCAUUGACACUCUUUAUACCAAACAAUAUAUUUUAUUUGUCGUCCAACACCACAGCCCA